UUUUCUACACAGUGCUACCAGCCUAUAAUGGUCAGGCUUGGUCAGUCUUGCUAAGGUUGCCGAGUGUUGUGUAUGAGGGUUCACGCUGGCGGUGGUGGAGUUGAGCUGAAGAUGGACAGUAGCAAAAAGUUCAAUAACCCGAAUCCCAUAAACGAUGCUAAUCCUUUUAGCAGAUUGAUAUUCUGGUGGUUAAAGCCUCUCUUUUCUUAUGGAAGGAAUCAUGAUUUGGAGGUGAAAAAUCUUUACAAUGCACUACCAAGGGACCACAGCGAACGUCUUGGAAAUAAAUUAGAACGAAAUUGGAAUGAAGAGCUGAAAAAUGCAGAAGAGAAAAAGCGGAAUCCAAAACUACUCAAUGCACUUAUCAAGACUUUCAUUUGGUCAUACAUGUACUAUGGAGGAUGGAUUUUAUUAUUAUCUUGUGUAAUAAGAGUAGUACAGCCUCAUGCUUUGAGUCUUUUAAUAUCACAUUUUACGCCUGGGUCAGACUCUACCCCCCAAAGAGCAUACACUUAUGCCACUAUUGUCAUAGUACUGGCAAUAAUAUAUACCUUUGUGUCUCACCAUUGUAAUAUGGGACAAUUAUUAAUCGGUAUGAGAGUUCGUGUGGCGUGUUCUUCAUUAAUUUAUAGAAAAAUUCUACGUCUAUCAACAUCGGCUGUCGGUAGAACAGCUGGAGGACAAGUAAUAAAUUUGUUAUCAAAUGACGUAGCUAGGUUCGAUAAUCUGUUCAUGUUUCUUCAUUAUAUUUGGAUAAUGCCAAUUCAAGCAAUGUUAAUUGGCUUUUUUAUAUGGCAAAGUGUGGGCAUUGCUGCUCUAGCCGGAUUAGUUUUGAUCACUUGUCAAACAAUUCCAGUACAAGGCUAUAUGAGCAAGUGGACCUCAAAGCUUCGAUUAAAAAUUGCUCUCAGAACAGAUGAAAGAGUCCGGCUAAUGAGUGAAAUUAUUGGUGGAAUUCAGGUUAUUAAAAUGUACACCUGGGAGAAACCGUUUGAGAAGCUUGUGUCAAUGGCUAGAAUAUAUGAAGUCAAGGUUCUCACUUUGAAUUCUUACUUAAAAGGUUUCAAUCUCGCAACUUUUGUGUUCACGGAACGAACUACACUUUUUUUUACCCUAAUGACAUACGCUCUAAUGGGUAACGUUAUAUCAGCUGAUAAGGCCUUCUCAAUUGCACAAUACUUCAAUAUUCUUCAAGCAACUAUGGCUAUUUUUUAUCCUCUGGCAGUAUCAUCAAGUGCCGAAGCCUUAGUUUCUAUCAAGCGAUUACAAGAUUUUUUAAUGUUGGAUGAAAAUGUGCCUUCAUUAACAUCACAACCUUCCAAUGAAAAAGUCGGAGUGACAGUGAAAGAUGUCACGGCUUCCUGGACGGAAAAAUCAAUCUCGAAUACCCUUCACAAAGUAAACUUAAAAAUUCCACCGGGAAAACUUUGUGCGAUAGUGGGACCAGUUGGAUCUGGCAAGAGUUCUUUCCUUCAAUUGAUGCUUGGGGAACUACAACCAUCCCAAGGAAAGGUUAUUGCAGGGGGUAUUGUUUCAUAUGCUAGUCAGGAAGCAUGGCUAUUUUUAGGCACGGUGAGGAAUAACAUCCUCUUUGGCUUACCAUACGACAAAGACAAAUAUAAAAAAGUAACAGAAGUCUGUGCUCUUGUCAAAGACUUUGAACAGUUCCCUCAGGGUGAUAAAACGUUCGUAGGAGAUCGAGGUAAUUCUCUAAGCGGUGGACAACGUGCUCGAAUUAAUUUAGCCAGAGCUGUGUAUAGAGACGCUGAUGUUUAUUUACUCGAUGAUCCACUUUCCGCUGUUGAUACGCAUGUGGGGAAGCAUCUAUUUGAUCAAUGCAUUAAUGGAUACUUACGUAGCAAGACCAGAAUAUUGGUUACGCAUCAGGUUCAGUACUUAAAGGAUGCAGACGUGAUUGUCAUACUAAAUAACGGCCAGAUCGAAAAUCAAGGUACGUUCGAAGAAUUGCAAAAGAGCAGUGUGAAUAUUGCUAAACUUAUCACUAGUGAAGAUCAGGAGGAGAAACCAAGUGAAGUUUCUCUCCGUAAACGCUUGGUAUCCGAAGUUUCCUAUGCCUCAGCUGUGGAUGACGAGGAGGACGAGGAAGAGCCUCAGGAAACCGAAGAGCUGAUGGCCAAGGGUGAAAUGUCCAAAUCUGUUUACUGGAAAUAUAUCAGAGCUGGGGCUUCGAUUUUCGCUGUGAUGCUAUUCAUUAUGUUCCUCGUACUCGGACAGUUUGGUAGCAGUGGAUCUGAUUAUUGGGUAGCGUAUUGGAUAAGACAAGAAGAGCUAAAAUUAAUGUACAAUACAGAAUUCCUAAGAAAUUUAAAUGAAUCCUCACUUAAUUCUACAACAAUAAUACCGUCAAUCUUAUCAAGAGAUAAUAUUGGAAAUAAUCUGUUUAAUGACACUUUGGAUAUUAUUAGUGCAAUUUCUCCUUUUACGGAAAAUAUCACUGAAGAAAGUUUUAAUUCUACAAAAUCGUUGAACAAUCUCGAAAGUGUUACCAGCCUUACCACGGAGUGGGCUGAUGAAUUGUCUACAAUAUUUAAUGAUGCCUCGGAAGGUUUACCGCUGCCAGAAAAACUCCAAAGUAACAAUUCAACCAAGAAACCUAUUGAGAUUUCUUAUAUGGAUACAAGCACUGCAUUAUGGAUCUAUGGAGCAUUUGUUGCUCUAAGUUUCGUUGGAACUACCUUGAGAAAUAUUUUCUUCUACAGGAUAUGCAUGAACGCUAGUAGAAAUCUGCACGACUUGAUGUUUUCGUGCAUAUUGAAAGCGCCCAUGCAUUUUUUUGAUUCACAUUCGUCUGGCCGAAUACUUAAUAGAUUUUCAAAAGACAUAGGAGCAGUGGAUGAAAUUCUGCCGUCGACAAUAAUAGAGUCCAUACAAGUAUUUGCUGUAAUGACAGGAAUUUUGCUCCAAGUGGUGAUAAUUAAUUGGUGGGCGAUAUUCCCAAUAUCCGUUAUGGGAUUUUUCUAUUGGAAGAUCCGAACUAUAUAUAUGGCCACAGCUUGGAAUAUCAAGAGACUGGAAGGUGUGACAAAGAGUCCCGUCUUCUCUCACGUGAAUUCCUCCAUGUCAGGUUUAGCAACGAUCAGAGCAUCCAGAGUUCAGGAAAUGGUGCUCAAGGAUUUUGAUGGAUUCCAGGAUGUUCAUACUGGUGCUACCUACUUACUAAUAGCUUCGAGUACAGCUUUUGGUUUCUGGCUGGAUGUAGUGUCGAACGUGUUCGUUGCCGUCGUGACAUAUAGCUUCAUCUUACUAGAUACUGGAGAUACCUUCGCCGGGAACGUCGGUCUGGCAAUUUCCCAGGUUCUUAUAUUGUGUGGUAUGCUGCAGCAUGGUAUGAGACAGAGUUCUGAGAUGGUGAGUCAAAUGACAAGUGUCGAGAGGAUCCUGGAGUUUACCAAAUUGGAGAAGGAAGGUCCGUUUGAAAGUCAUCCUACGCACAAGCCACCGGCGACCUGGCCUUCCAAGGGUCAACUUAAAUUCGAGCAUCUAUAUCUACGUUACUCGGACACCGAUGCUCCUGUACUGAAGGAUCUCAAUCUGAUUGUCAGGCCGGCGAUGAAAGUUGGUGUAGUUGGUAGAACUGGAGCUGGGAAGUCGUCGUUGAUCUCGGCCUUGUUCCAUUUAGGCAAAUUGGACGGUGAUAUCUACCUGGACGAAGUGAGCGUAAAGAAAAUUGGAUUACACGAUCUGCGCAGCAAGAUCUCAAUCAUUCCGCAAGAGCCAGUGCUCUUCUCUGCUAGUUUGAGAGAUAAUUUGGAUCCUUUUCAUAAAUUUGAGGAUGCUGCGCUUUGGGAUGCGCUGGAGGAAGUUGAGUUAAAAAAUUCUGUUCCAUCCUUGGAUCACCAAGUUAAUCACGGUGGCAGCAACUUCAGUGCUGGCCAGCGCCAGCUAGUCUGUCUUGCUCGUGCUAUAGUGCGGAAUAAUAAAGUCCUGGUCCUUGAUGAAGCGACAGCUAACGUCGACCCCACCACCGACGCUCUUAUCCAAACUACUAUCAGGAGGAAGUUCAAGAACUGUACAGUCCUUACCGUUGCCCACAGACUUAACACCAUCAUGGAUAGUGAUAAAGUGCUAGUUAUGGAUCAAGGUGAAGCUGUGGAAUUUGGUCAUCCUCAUGAGUUACUUCAGAACGAGAAUGGGUACUUCUCGAAUAUGGUCCGCGAGACGGGAACAGUUAUGACAGAGCAAUUAAAGAGAAUUGCCAAAGAGGCAUUCGAAAAUAUCCACGAGGAAGUAGUUGCUGUUCAUCAAAGUAAUGGCAAUGUCAGUAUACAGGAGACACUUCAAUGAUUCCUCAUGAAAUGCUAGAAUGUGGACUUCGAACUCGUAAAUAUCAAAAUUCAAUAGAUAAUACCGUACGAGUUGGAACGUUGUACAAUUAAGCUUAAGAUAUCGGUGCUAUCAAUAAUCGAUAAUUUACAGGAAAUCAGCAUUCUUGUUUAUUGAUGAGUGAUAUAACGUUCAUAGCCAUGAAUGAUCAAUAAUAAUUGUACUGAGGGAACGUUCCUACGUCGGGCUGAUGCUAGUACUUUUUUAUCUUGUUUAAUUUCUUAUUAUACUGAAUAUCUUUAUCAAAACUCUACUAUUCCGCUUAUGAACGUCCUUAAGCUCAUCCGUACUUAACAGUUCCUUUUAAAAUGUUGAAGGAAACAAUUGCAGUUUAACAUAAAUUAUGAAUAUUUAUACGGGUUUUUUUUAGUAGAAAUUAUAUCUAUACAAAUUCAAUUGUAAUGACAAUAUCCAGUUAAGACUUGAAACGCGCGAGUUUGUACUUUACGCUUUUUUUCUCUCUAUGCAGUGUUAUACACGAGUAUUGCAGCAACUGAAGUUUACCAUUCAAUUUGAUUUCUAUGGAAGUAUUAUAUUCAGAUAGUGCAGUACUCUAAAACAAUUUUGUAUAAACAUUCACAGUACAUUGUACUUUAAACAAAUAAUAAGAGUUACCUAGAUGAAUUAUGUUGGAGCUGAUAAAACUUAAUAUACUUAAAUUAUAUGCGCCCGAAAACCAGAACCAAUAUAGCAUUAACGUUUAUUACUCAUCGAAUUGGGUAUGUGUAUACUUAACUUUUGUGAAAGAUGUGUAGUAUAAGAUGCCAAGAGUGUUUAUGUAUUACAGUAAUCAAAGAAGUGAACGUGUUCUACACACUUUUUUGUAUCUGUAGAUGGCACUGUUCAUAUUGUAAUAUGUUCAUACUGUUCAUAUGUAAAGCACCAAAUGGCUUAUUUACUUAAUGUAUUUUAUUGAACUGAUCGAACAAAAAUUGCCUCAAACUGUAUAAUUUGUGAGAUACAAGUUACACAGAUAUUUUUCUAUAACAUUAUUUUAUCUUACAGUAAGAUGUGACAUCUCUCAAAGAAUAGAUCAAUGUGAGAUGCGCAGAGCAUAAGCCCCUCUUUUUCAUAAGAAAAUUAUAUUUUUACUAGGGCCUAAGCUUACAGAUUGCGAUCAUUGUUGCGGUCGCGAUGUAACAUGUACAAACUGUUUCAUAGAACAAAUAUUCAAUAAAAAAUUAUUCACUCAAA